AAAACAAGUUUGUAUUUCGCUCCAGUUCGGUUGAUGGCGGUAAUGCACCAAACAGCCACUGUCAACAGCCAAUACCACUCAAGAAGAAGAACCAAACUGUGGCAGAUCUCAGGUCAGCCGCUGAGCCACAAUUAUCCUGUGUGCACGUCAUCAGUUCAUCUUCGCGUGUGUGUCGGUGUGUGUGCGGUGCGUUUAAAGAAAACGGUGGGGAUGGAAAGCCAUUUUCACGUGAUUAUCUUCUGUGCGUUGAUCUCUUUGCACCUAAUGUUGGUCCAAGGAGCCAGACAAGACAUCAAAUGUGGAGCAUGCAGGGCAUUAGUUGAUGAGAUGGACUGGGCCAUAUCACAAGUAGAUCCCAGGAAAAUGAUCCAGACUGGAUCAUUUAGGAUUAAUCCUGAUGGCAGUCAGUCAGUAAGAGAGGUUCCCUUUGCUCGCUCUGAAGGUCAUCUUCUUGAACUGAUGGAAGAGGUUUGUGAGAAGAUGAAUGAUUACGGCGAACAUGUUGACCCUGCCACCAAUCGAAAGACAUACGUGAGACACGCGUCCCGUGACGGCACUGCCAUGGACCUUUCUGAUGUGGCCUUUGACUCCAGAGUCAUCUCCAGUUUAAAGUUUGCUUGUGAGACGAUCGUUGAGCAGCAUGAGGACGAACUUAUUGAAUUCUUUUCUCAUGAGAUAGACAACGUUAAAGACAAGCUCUGCAGUAAGAGGACAGAUCUUUGUGACCACGCUCUGGAGAUACCACACGACGAGUUAUGAGCCGAGCAGCUUUACCAGUGUGUUCACCUGAUAACCUUCAGUUAACACACUGAUUCUCUUACUUGUUGAGGACACUGAACAUGCUGAGAUCUACAUUAUGUGAUGUACUUGACCCUAUGGGUUAACUGUUGACCUGUUCAACUGUAUUAAUGGCGUUACCAUCAAAACUGUUCAUUGUCAUUUAUUAAAGCUGACGUUCUACAGCUAAAAU